AUGACGCAGUCUCAGCAGUAUGAGGUUGUGGACAUCCCUAGAGCAAAGCUGAACAAUGGAGCCAGCAUCCCGCUUCUGGGCCUGGGGACCUGGAAAGCAAGCGCUGACGAGGUUGGAGCUGUGGUGGAGAAGGCCCUGCGGCUGGGCUACAGGCACAUCGAUGAGGCUGCCAUGUAUGGCAACCAGGAGGGCGUGGGCCGCACCUUCACCAAGCUCUUCAAGGAGGGCAAGAUCAAGCGCGAAGACAUCUGGGUCACCUCUAAGCUGCACAACAGGGAUCACGCGGCGGACGCAGUGAGGCCAGCGAUCGAGAAAGUGCUGAAGGAGCUGCAGAUUGAGCAGCUGGACCUGUUCCUUAUGCACUGGCCCGUCAGCGGCAACAAGGGGGACACCGUUGACCCGCCAAUCAAGGAGACAUGGCAGGCCAUGGAAAAGCUGGUCGACGAAGGACUGACCCGAUCGAUCGGAAUUUCCAACUUCAGCGUCAAAAAGAUCAAGGAUCUGCUGUCUUAUGCGCGCAUCACUCCUGCAGUGAACCAGAUCGAGGUGCACCCGUUCUUCCGCAACCAGUACAACAUCGACUUCUGCCACUCGAAGGGGAUCCAUGUGACGGCGUACUCUCCCCUGGGCACGCCUGACAGCGCCAGCAUGAUGAAGAGGCAUGGAGACACACCCUCCUUGCUGCAGGAAGAGGCUGUCAAGAAGGUGGCUGACAAGCUGGGCAAGUCACCCGCACAGGUGCUGGUGCGGUGGGGCAUCCAGCAUGGCACAUCAGUCAUCCCCAAGGCCAGCAGCGAGCCGCACCUGCGCAGCAACCUGGAUGUACUCAACUGGGAGCUCCCCAAGGAUGACUUCAAGGCCAUCAGCAGCAUCCAGUUUCAGGCGCGUUUUGUGGAUGGCUCAAUGUGGCUGCAGCCUGAGGGCCCCUACCGCACACUGGAUGAUGUCUGGGAUGGCGAGAUGGGUGAGGAAGUCAAGAAGGAGGAGUAA